AUGAUGGAGCGCGCCAUCGUCAACACCUUCGUGGGCCACGACGUGGUGGAGCCGGGCAGCUACGUGCAGAUGUUCCCUUACCCCUGCUACACGCGGGACGACUUCCUGUUUGUCAUCGAGCACAUGAUGCCCCUGUGCAUGGUGAUCUCCUGGGUCUACUCUGUGGCCAUGACCAUCCAGCACAUCGUGGCCGAGAAGGAGCACCGGCUCAAGGAGGUGAUGAAGACCAUGGGCCUGAACAACGCCGUGCACUGGGUGGCCUGGUUCAUCACAGGCUUCGUGCAGCUGUCCAUCUCGGUGACCGCGCUGACCGCCAUCCUCAAGUAUGGCCAGGUCCUCAUGCACAGCCACGUGCUCAUCAUCUGGCUCUUCCUGGCGGUCUACGCCGUGGCCACCAUCAUGUUCUGCUUCCUGGUGUCCGUGCUGUACUCCAAGGCCAAGCUGGCCUCUGCCUGCGGUGGCAUCAUCUACUUCCUGAGCUACGUGCCCUACAUGUAUGUGGCGAUCCGCGAGGAGGUGGCACACGACAAGAUCACGGCCUUUGAGAAGUGCAUCGCGUCCCUGAUGUCCACAACGGCCUUUGGCCUGGGCUCCAAGUACUUCGCCCUGUACGAGGUGGCGGGCGUGGGCAUCCAGUGGCACACCUUCAGCCAGUCCCCCGUGGAGGGCGAUGACUUCAACCUGCUUCUGGCCGUCACCAUGCUCAUGGUGGAUGCCGUGGUCUACGGCGCACUCACCUGGUACAUCGAGGCCGUGCACCCAG